AUGGUUUCACCUAUUAGGCAUGCCUAAUUAGGUAGCUGAAUUAAUGCUCGCGAAUUCUGAACUGAUGCUUUUUUCUAUGGUAACUAGCACUUAGUGUUUUUACGACACUGCUCGCCGUAAUUUAGCUCCUACUUGGAUUCUUCUCAGAAUCAUUUCAGCGUUUUUGGCUCCGAUUCAGCUCUGAAUCUGAAUUCCACCACAUCCCGCCUUUGGUCAGCGUCAAAUAAAAUCUUUGAUUACUAUCUGCAUUAAUGUAGAAUUAAUAUUAAUUCAGUGCACUAGGUUUCUUUAGGUAUCAAACAGCAUUAUGGGCGUAUAGUUUAGAAUUAGUUUGGCAUUGUAAACUUGGGUGUACAGUAAUUGGCGAAGUUUAAAAUGCACCCACCCUGAUCACUUUACCACUGACGUCCAGCGACUAAUGAAAAUUAAUGGGCGGUGAAACUCACAAAAUUUAAAAAGAUGACUACUGAUUAUAGAUUUCUGAGAUCUUUUUGUGUUUCCGAUUCUGUUCUUUAACCUACCUCGGUCAACUCUAAAGAAAACAUACCAUACUCCGUCUGUCUGUCUGUCUGUUUUCGACAUAGAACUUUGCACAAAUGUGCGGAAGUUCAAGUUGCCACAUUCCGUGUAACACGCGAAGCAAGAGAAGAAAGUACAAGAAAAGCAUAAUAGAAACAGUGAGCAGAGAUGUGAGACAAAGGAGUAAUAAAGAAAAACAAAACAGUUUCAUUGGAGAUCAUAAGUCACAGGGAGUGGAUGCAUCUGCGCCACUGAGAACGGUUUUGAGCCAUGUCACCAAUUGUUUCCAGCCAUAGAUUUUUACCGUCCCGAAAUGCACACGAAACAUACCAUACUCCGGGUCCAGCAUGAACAACUAAUCAGACUGUUGAACUUUUCAGAUGAUUGCAUAUAUAGAAGUUGAUUUAUUUUGUCGAAAGCUUGUGAGGAACUGGGGUAUAUUUUAGUUGAACAUUCAGUCUUCCUAGAACUCUUUAAGAAAGUCUAGAACAGAUGUUUUGCUGUAGUCUGAUAUCACCCGUCCCUUUUUACUUCAGGAAAAAUUUAAUGCCAGUGCAGGACAUAACUGGGCGAAGUGUAAGCAUCACAGCCAAUGUCAAGGUCUUUCAAAAGUUGAUCAUCAAGAACCGAUUAGAUACCAGGAAUGUCUUGAAAUGUCAUUCCAAAUCAAAUCAAGUUUGCCUUUUUAAACCUGAAAAGGGUAGGUACAGUAUUCCAGUUGUUUACGAAGAACUUUUUCUGCAAGUCUAUACUGUUGGGUAGGGUUAUGGCUUUUUAGGUUAGGGUUUAAGUUAGGGCUAGGAUUAUGGAUAGAGUUAGGAAUAGGUUGAAGAAUAGUGUCGAAAAUAUCAAGGGAUCCCAAAUUAACAUGACCCAAAGUCUCCGGAAUAAAUGGAUAUAUUGCGCAUGACAUGAUUUUUCCAUAGAUCGUCUGUUUUGUGACUGGAAGACAUUCGUAUUGCACGUAAGCUACAACGGUACAGUGAAAUAUCAUGCUUGCCAAGUUUUUAGUGCAUUUUUCAACGAUUAUGCUACUUUUUUGCAUCUGUUGGUUGUUCGUCACUGUGGUUUUGGCUAUGAUAGCUUAGCUUUGGCCAUAAAUUUAUUCCAGCUAGGUUUUAUUGAAUAAGUACGGUGACCUUACGUCUGUAAUACUAAAAUGUUUCCUCCUAGAUCCAUCAAAAUCAGUACUCCAAUAUAUUCAGUUUUUUUCAUUAACAUCAAGUGUUAGCAGUAAUAAUUUGUUACAUGAUGCGAGGAAGUAUUAACCAUCAAAGUCAGUGUUAUUCAAGAACAUCUGUAAUGCCCUCUGUUCCUGUUGGCUUGCAGCUAUGCUGUUUGUACUUCGCACAUUUUGAACUCUGAAGAAAAGAUUCUGGUUAUCACUGCUAAACUUUGGUCUAUAAUUUUCGUUAUUCCACUCACACAUAUAAUCUGUGGUGCGGCUGCUCCUACCUCGGUGUGUUGGUCAGGGUUGCAUAAUGCGGUGAACCAACGAGUCACAUCAACUGGAACUAACGUUCCUGCAGGUCGUACCAUGCCAGGAAGUUUGUUUGGACGCCGAUUAGACUAAAGGCAGUUACAGUCACAGUGUAAGUUGUUUACACUAUGUUGCGGGUUUGUGAAUAAAGUCAUACUGCUUGGGAACAGGGAUGCAACAGGACUAAGAUGUUUCCUUCUGAUGACCAGCACCCUAGCUAUAAUGCCUCUUCGCCCUGAAGAAAUUAGGGUUAGAAAACGUCGACCUUGAUCCGAUCCAUAGUCAGAGGUAUGAACCUAAUAUGGAUAUCACUUCAAAGACCAUCUCUAACAGGCCUCGUGUGAGCGGCCUCAAAAAGUUGUCCCCUGGGUUCUGCUGUCACUCGACGCUAGUGCUCCUUCUGUUUCAGGUACUCUGAGAAGAAAUCAACUCAUGGUGAGGGCAGCCGGAUGGUAAUGACUGCCCACACACUUCGAUAAACACAAAGCUUUCCUGACCAUCACUCGCUUUCACCUCCACUACUAUCAUCUUGCCUUCCUCUUCCCAUUAUUACUGUCCCAAAGCCAAGUCCCUCAUCUAAUUCUGCAACCAUCAAUACCGAUGAAAGCCGGAAAAUCAUUAUAAUCUCUUAAAAAUAAUACUUCAACUUCGUAUCGGAUCAUUAAACGUUAGACUCUUAGCUUCACUAGGCAAAACUCUGAUUUAAUGAACCAUGGAUGUGUUACAUUUCGAAGACUUUCAUACAAGGCCCAAGUGUUGUUGUUCGUCUAACCUGGCAAACAGGGUGAAUCUUCGAAAUUCACCUUAUGGAUAUAAGGAAAGUGGUUCCGGACUCGGAGACGUAGGAACAGCAUUGAGUGCUUAGGCAGAAAAACCCCUAUUCGACUAGAUCCCAGAGUGAAUAGUAGUGUGUAUGCUGUCUGGUUGUAAGAAUACUUUAGAAAAGGGAAAUAUCGCGAUACUCACGGAUAUCUUUUGGUAAUCCCCGAUUAUAUUCGAACAGACUGCAGCUCAGACGAAAAGAGGGACGAACUCUAUAAAAAAACUAAUUUGCUACUAAAAGCAAAACACCUGUGUAUAAUCGUCUUAACAGGCGACUUCAAGGAGGGAAGUUGUGUUAGUCUGAGAAGAGAGUUAUUGUUUAGAGCAGAAAUAUUCGACAUGCGAUUCGCUAUUGUUAAAUGCUACACCAGUCCUACACUGAUUGCUAGCUUAAUAAUAGUAAGUAGAAUGCGCAGACUACUUCACUUAUUUUGGAAUUUCUACCAGUCCCAACGAACUUAAAGCUGACGAAAUCUCAGCAUGGAUACAAAAGGCUGGUGUGGCAUUUGCCAGUUUACAUUAUCUAUGGCGUGGAUGUGAUAUCUUCCUAUCGAUUGAAGCACAUACGUACUGCGUGGUAGUUCGGUCUAUCCUCCUUUACGUCUGUGGAAUGUGGAUAUUAAAAUUGGGAGAUUACACUAGGCUAGCUGUCUUCGACCAAAUGCGUUCUAUCUCCCGUGUUAAGUGGUACAAUAUACUGACAGAUAUUUGAGGUGAAGCUUAGAGUUAGGUAAGAAUAUCAAGUCAAUCGAUUAGGCUGUGAAGAAAUAUCGAUUGAGAUGGCUUGGACACGUGUCAUGUAUGCUGAGCCUCCGCCUUCCUCGGAGACCGAUGUUAGCUGACAUAGGAUUAGGUUGGAAAAGAGUUAGGAGUGGUCAAGUCAAAAUGUGACAUUAGUCCAUGAAGUCAUUGACAGUUGAUUUAGACUACAUAGGGGGAUGUAGGCUGGCUGAUGGGGGAGGGGUCCUCGUGAUGCUAAGAUCCAGUGGUUGAAGACUAUUGCUAAUAUGGCUCUAAACCACUCCUAGUAGCGCAAAUCAAUUCACCCCCUGUGAUACCCUAUAUCCAUUAAACCAUAAUGUUUCGCCAUGUUACUAUUCCUUUCCGCUCAUAUUUUUGCUUAUAAUUAUAGUGCUUUUAAAUUCCUUUCUCCCUCCUUUGUGUGGUAUUUGGAGUGUAGCAACUUGAACUGCUGCCGUUUUGUGCAAAGUCCUGUGUUGAAACAACUAAUGGACUUAACCCUAACUCACUUCAGAGACUCAUGGAUUGACUUGCUACCGGGGAAUAAUCUUGUUGACUUAGAAUAUGCAGACGAUAUAGUCUUCCCUGCCAGGUGAGGAAGACGCUGACAAAAUGCAGAGUUCUGAACACCUUAACAGGCAGCAAUGCACGAAUGUUUGGCAUGCUGUUUGCUCCCGCCAAAUGUAAGGUGAUGUUACAGAACUGAACUGCAUUAACUCCUAGCUUAGAAAUAGGAAGUGGAGUGGUAGAGCAUAUUGACCGCUUCACUUAUUUUGGAAGUUGCAUCAGACCCAAUGGGUUGAUCUCUGACGAAAUCUCAGCACGAACACAGAGGGAUAGUUUCACAUAAGCCAGUUUACGCCGUCUCUAGCGUAGACGCGAUAUCCGGCUAUUGACCAAAGGGCGGGUGUACUGCUCCUCAGUCGGCUCCGUCAUCCUCUAUGGCUGCGAGACCUGGCCACUGAGAUUGGAAGACAUGAAAAGGCUGGUAGCUGUCUUUGAUCAUAGGUGUCUGCGUUCUAUCUCCUGUGUGAAGUGGUAUAAUAGAGUGAGCAAUAUUGAGCUUAGGCAUUGGUCGAGUGCUAGGUAAAGAGGGGAAACCAAUCGAUGAAGCUGUGAAGCUACAUCGACUGAGAUGGUUAGGACAUGCGUUACGCAUGCCUAGCCAUCCAUCGCCUUCCUCGACGGGGAAUGUUAGCUGAUAUAGGGUCAGGUUGGAAAAGAGCCGGUGAUGGUCAAACCAAAACAUGAAUUUAUCAGUCAAUGGAAUCCACAACAGGCAGUUGAAGCCACGUAGAAAUGUGUAGACUUGCUUCCUGGCUGGGGUCCUCGGGAUGGUAAACACCAAUGGCUGGAAACAAUUGGUGAUAUGGCUCAAAAUCGUUCUAAAUGACUGGUGCAGAUGCAUCCACUCCCUGUGACUUUUAAUACCCAUCUUCGAUAUUACUUUUUUACCUCAUAUCUCUCUUCGCUCUCUCUACUUUGCGCUUCUUUUUUACUUUUUUCUUCUUUUUCUCUUGCAUUGUGUUCUAAGUGAAGUGUGGCGACUCGAACUGCUGCAUAUCGGUGUAAAGUUCUAUGUCGAAAUCAGACAGACAGACUAUGCUGAAACUCAGUCAGACGGUUUGAAGAGUUAAAAUCGAAAGCUUACUGUUAAGAUGUUUUUUGUCUCUUCUCACAAAAAUAAAUGUUUUGCUUAUCAAUCUAGACAAAUAUUGUUGUCGCAGUAAUCGUGUUCUAUAAGAAUUACUGACAUUGUAAGCUAUUCAUAUUGUCGUAUAGUAUUAUAUUUUUGUACAUUAUCAGAUUUAUUGGGAGUUUUUUUGAUAAUCGCAAUAAUUUAUCGUGCUUACUAAUCGACAUAUAUUGUAGGUGCUGAACAUUCGUGAGAUGCCCCGACAAACUGAUUCUGUUUGUCCAGAUGACCAACCGUCUGUCCAUGAAACAUCCAAUUUGAAGGAUGUUGAAAAUACCUCAACCUCAGAAUUAACGAAAAAGUCUAACCAUUCGAAAAGAACUACAGUGAAUGCUUCCUCAAGCGAAAAAGAAAGACAUUCAAAAGCAAAGCAUACAAAAAACCAUGGUGGAUCCUUAGGUCUUGGCGAUUCCAAAUUUCCCUCAGACGUAAUCCAGUCGGAUAGUGGAAGUAAAGGAGAAUCGCUCGAUAAGGAAGCUAUACUUGACCAGUACAAACGUGACCGUAUCAAGAAAAAGAGAAAACAUUCAAAGAGUGAAACCAAACAUGAAAAGCAUAGCAAGCGUGAUGAAUUUAAUUCUGAAUUAACAGCGGAUGCGUCACCUGUCAAAGAAUCUCCUCGCAAACAGAAGCAUCGAGAUAAAUCACAUAGGCGAAGUAGUGCAUCAAAGGCUUCAACAGCGGAUGAAAAGCCUCAUCGCUCUGCAAAACCAGUCGUUCGUGAGGACGGUAGUCGUAAGGUUGUAUCAACUGAUAGGGAGCAAAGCUAUGAAGUGGAUAUGCGUGUGCAUUCUGCUUAUGAGUCUGUUCCAAACACACCAUCAUCAGCUUCUACAUGUUCCUCAGAUGCUUCAGAAUCUUCAUAUAGCCAGUCGUCAUAUAGCCCCAGAAAGCAUCAUAAACGUCUGGUUCAUGAUGAGCAUUCUAAUGAAAAGUCAUAUAAACAGAAACACAAUAAAAAUAGUCGUUCUCCCUCAACGCAUUUUAAUCGUGAUCGUAAAACUGACUCUUCACGGCUUACAAAUAAUCACCAAGAUACUAAACUUGAAGGAAAUUCUGCUACAGCGAAAAGAGCUCGUCACUCUGUCAGUUCACCUUCAAAGUCAAAGAAAAAAGAUUCAGCUUCUUUAAGUUAUGGGUAUCGUCAAUCAACACAGCGUCGCCAUGUAUCUCCACGUCGUAGAUCUCGUUCGAAACGUCGCGCUUCAUAUAGGGAAAGAAGUAGCGAUUCUGAAAGAUACGAACCUCGAAAAACACAUCGUUCAGAUGAAAAAAAGUAUAUCCAUUCACGGUCACAUCCUUCUAAGAGGAAGUCUAGAUACUAUAGUCCUGAUGACCGCCAUGAUAUGCAUAAACGUCGUUAUCUAAAACGUCAUGACCGUCAUCCUGCACGUAACUCACAUAGCACCAGAAGGCGCAGUAGCGGAAGUCAUCAGUAUGAUUUACGUGAAGAUGUUAACUCGUUAUCACCAUCGCCUAAAGGUUCAAGACGAGCUGAUGCAAAAAGUGGAUCUCGGCAGCAUUCGACACGGCGGCAAGUAGCCAGAUAUCAGUCAGAUGUGCAUAUUUCUUCAGCUCAAAAGCGAGAUGCACGAGGAGGUACGGAUGAAGUUUUAGAUCCGGAAAGUACAAAUCCAAAACCUACAAAUACUGCAUCAAUCCAUACAGACUCCACUCAUCCUUUGUCAGUGUCACCUCCUGAUCUUUCUAUUUCUAAUGAUAAUGAACAGAAGGUACAGGCUCUUUGUGAAUUCCUAGAUGAACUAAAGUGCGAAGAUGUUUCAGAUACUGAGUUAGAUUCAUUACUUCCAUCAUCUAUAAUUAAUUUUUCACCCGAAAUUAACGAAACAAGAGAUAAUUUUGAGUUAUCAAGUUAUAAUUAUACUAUUAAUUAUAAUGAUCCAAAUUCAGUGCAGUUAUAUAGCGAAGAAGCUGAAAAAUAUGACAACAUUCUUCAAAGCAAAUCAGAUGUUAUGUUCACUGUGGAUACUUUAGAGACCUUGUCGACGCAAAUCAGACAACAAAUGUCAGGUCCAGAAAAUUGGGAUGUAAACGAAUUAAGUGAUCCUAUUGAGUUUGAAGGAGAGCAUUCAGCAAAUGAAAUUGAUCAGUCUGAAAUCAAUUUGUUAGGAUCACCAAAGUUGGAUGAUAAUUUAUAUACACUGUGGCAAGAAUUGGUCGAAUCAGCUGCGCAAAAAUCAAUUUCAGUAGACAGUAAAUUAGAUGAACAAGACUAUGUUCAAUGUGUUGGAGCUUAUAUCUCUGGCAUAGGGCAUCGGGAUAUUAUCCCACUACGGAAACGUUCUAGUGGUCUCGAAUUAUUACGGAACACUGGGAUUAGUCGAACAUACUUUGGGAGUGAUUUACUUAAACAUUUAACAGUUAAUAAUUCGAAUGAAGAGUCUAAUGAGAACAACGUAUGUCAUUCAAAUGAAUUUCCAGAUACAUGGGCUAACAGCAAUUGUGAGAAUGCAUUCACUGGCUCCGGAAUUUUGGAUGUGUUAUCAAAAUUAGUCUUGCCUUUAUCACGUAAAACAGAUGGUUACUUACGUCAAAAUUUAUUAAAAACUGUCAAAUGUACAUAACCUACACUUAUAGAUGUAUAUAUAUAUGCGUCCUUGUGACUUAUGAUCUUCAAUGAAACUGUUUUCUUCUUCGUUAUUACUCCUCCUUUGUCUCACCCCUCUGCUCACAGUUUCUAUUAUGCCUUUCUUAUACUUUCUUCUCUUGCUUCGCGUGCUACACGGAGUGUGGCGACUUGAACUGUCGCAUAUUUGUGCAAAGUUUUAUGUCGAAAACAGACAGACAGACAGAUAUAUGCGUCGGUAGCACAGUGGUUAGGUCUCUCGCCGACCAUGCACAUGGUCCGAGGUUCGAUCCCCUGCAGACGUACACCUGAUAUCUAUGGUCGGCCUGCAUAAUUUGGGCUACCGGUAUUCAUGCUGAAAAUUCCAUGCUUGUACCAAAAAUACAGUGUGGAAUCAAGCUGUAAAUCAAAAAUAAAUAAAUAUAUGCUCCAUACAGUUAUUUCCCUUAACAAAUUUGAAAUAUGUACAUAUACUAUUCUUUGAAAAAUAAAGUCUUGUCGUUAAAGUCAUUAAUUUUACAUGCCUCCAAAACCACUUCUGCUUGAAGUUAUAAAAUUCCUAUAGAAAACAGAAACGUGUUUUGAACUCUCUCUUCAAACGCUAUGCACUAAAUCAGAUUUAUUCGCUGAAAUCAUGUAGUAUCAAAGAAAGUGCAGAAAGAUUCUAUGCUGUGGAUGAACUCCCAUAGCACUCAAAGAAACCUUUUCUGGACUAUGUAAAUCAAAUUGCCGGUAAAGGGAAAGAAAAAAAAGUGGCAAAUUAUCAUAAAGUCCUAGAAGCCGAAUUCCCCGAAACGCAAUUUCCUUCAAGCCUUGGUAGG